UAGCACACGCUCGGUCUGUCGUGUUUCGUGUUGCGGGUGGUUUCGGUGCAAUUUGUUGUCCUAAUUUUAUCCUGUGCGAAAAAAGUGUUCUACCAAAAACUGCAAAUCAAUCGGAAUCCCAAUAGUUACAGUCCCUGAAUUUCCCUGGAAAUAGUACGAAAUGAACAGCUAAACAUGGGCAACGAUCAGUCGCAGCAGCUGAAAGGGCUGGAGAUCAGCCGCAAGGCCAUCCAGGUGACGGACUACUGGUCCCUGUAUAAUGGGGAAAUCCCCACGGAAUCGUCCGUGUCGGUCAUUUCCAUCUUCCAAGGGGAAACCCUGGUAACGGGGCAGUUCUGGACCAAUCAGAAUCCGCUGGAGCGCGCCAUCCGGAACCUGAAGAUCUAUCGACACCCGAACAUUCUGAAGUACAUCGCAUCAUGGAACAAGGGAUCGCUGAAGAUGUUGGCCACGGAACGGUGUCGUCCGCUGGCCACUUGCUUGAAUGUGACGAGUGACGUGCAGAUCUGUUUGGGGUUGAGGAAUAUUCUGUGCGCGUUGAUCUUCCUGAUGGAGCAGGCCAAUGUAAGGCACUUGAGUAUUAGCAUAUCCUCUAUCUACGUAACGGAAGAUGGAGCCUGGAGAUUGGCGGGUUUUGAACAUCUUUGGUCGGGCAAAGAGUUCAAUAUGACUCUGUUGGAAAAGUCUAAAAACUAUCGUUAUCCAAAGGCGAUCGAUUCCGAUGAGCUAAAGAACAAAGGCCAAGGAGUGGAGCAAUACGCAUUCGCCGUAAUGUGCGAGGAAAUCCUCCACAAUAAAAACGAUAGCAACAUUCCCGCCGUGGAGGAUUUCAAAUCCUACUGCGCAACCCAUCUGAAGCACUCAAACGUGGCCAUGCGCCCAAAGCUGUCUGCAAUCCUGCUGCAUCCCCUAUUCAAUCACGAUUUCAUUCUGAUACAUUCCUUCCUGACGGAACUCCCCCUGAAAAGCCCCCAGGCAAAAAUGGAAUUCUUCACCGGUCUGGUGGAUCGCCUGCGGACAUUCGAUCCGGAAACCGUCGCCGAACAGAUGGGAUCGCUUCUGUUGUCCCGAAUAGUUCUACUGGAUACCACAGCUCAACUUUGCGUCACGCCGUACGUGCUGAGACCGAAAGCGGAUGACCUCUCGCCGGGUCUGUUCGCGGCGAGGAUUUUCUCCGGGUACAUUAUUCCCAGAAUUCAGCAGGUCUUUUGCGUACAGGACGCGCAAAUUCGGCUCACGCUGCUGGAACACUUUCCCGACUAUGUGCCCUACUUCAGCAAAGAGGACCUCAAGGAGCAGAUUCUUCCGCAGUUACUUCUAGGUAUCAAGGACACCAACGACGUGCUGGUGGCCAAGACCCUGCUGUGUCUAGCAGACGUAAUUCCAAUUCUAGGAUCGGCUGUCGUAAUAGGAGGCAACCGAAGUAAAAUCUUCGCUGACGGUCGACCGCAGGGAGUUCCAGACCAAAGCCAUCCAUGGAGCGGAGUGCGAUCUAUUACUCCCGUGAUUGGAUCUGGGGAAUUUCUUUCUGGUAGUCCCGUUCCUGGCGGCGGUGGUAGAACCAUUAUUGAUCCCGAAGAGAACUUUUCAUCUAUAGUUCAUGGGGAAAUGCCGGAACGACCAUCUCCCGAAGGUGAAGAUCCUUGUCCAACCAAUAGCGAUGUGGAACUGGAGGUGGAUGAAUGGAGCGACUGGGAGAACGAUGCAAACGAGCAUACCACAAGUCACCAUAUCAAUGUAGAACAGCAGGGAGAAGCAGCCAAGUCAGACACAACUACUGCCACUGCCACCGCCGUGGGCGAUUCCCUUACAGAUCAAGUUGCUUCUUCAUCUAGUCGCACAGACCAGGAUGAACCUAACAAAUUGAAACGUUCCGUUUCAUCUCAAGCAGAGAGCAUAGAAACAUUGGACAUUAAAACACAAACUUUUAAAAAAUUGGAAUCUUCGGCAGAAGAGGAAAUGGAUUUCUUCAAGGACAUGGAACCCGUUAUACAAAGAGCCAACGUGUUGCUCAUAAACGACGGUGACGAUACGGAAAGCAGUGAGAGUGCCCCUUUGACCGUUGUUGAAGCGCCAUCAACGGCCAAAUCCAAAGCGAUAAAGGAGGAACAGGAGCAACCACUGGUGAAGGUUGACACGAGCAGGUUCGACAUAAAAGUAGAGGACUUGGAGGUCAACGAGGACGGUUGGGGCGAUGAAGAAAACGAAUGGUAAGUAGACAGCGAGAGCUUUAAAUCGCAUAUUAUGGUUGAUGUACCGAUAGAAUGUAACUGCUUGAUUUGAAUCCUACUUGUGUUUAGUGUUCAAAACCAUCGUUAUGCCACUUUUACCAGGUAAAAUAAAAUUGUGAAACAAUGUGGGAUAGGUGA